AUGAACAUGAGCGAAGAAUUGUUUGAUUCGGUUGUCAAUGAGCUCGAAAGGAAGCAUAUAUCGAGCUCCUCAAGAAAAUUUCUAAAACAAUACAAGGACGCGCUAGCUGAAGUUGCCGAAAGAAAUGAAGAUGACAACGAAGAGAACCUUCCAGCUGCUAAUAUAAAAGUACCAGUUGUUAAUAAACGAAAGAAGAGAAAUCCCAAUGAACCCACGAUCGAGGAGAACAAAUGGAUAAUCAAAGUCGAUCUGAAUGAGUUUGAAAAUGAUCCGACUGAUUUAAGCGUUGGAAUUGACUUCUCAAAGGGUCUCAUUAUCCCAAGAGGGAAAUGCGAUCAAUGGAUCACUCGGCCAGAUGGAAUGAAAAUCCACCAGAGCGGGUGGGCCAAAGAAAUCUCCGUUCCCGACAUUGUCGAAAUAAAACCUGCCCUCAAACUCGAUGGAAAAGUUCUCAUAAUUGAAUGCGAGUUAACACAAGUUAGUUAUAACUUAUAA